AUGAUCCCAUCGAACCCUUUUGCCCUGAACAGCUACAUCAUCGGCCUUUUCUUGGCGCCUGCCAUCCAAUCGCUGUGCGAGAACCAGCAGAUGUAUCUGCUAUACCUCACCGGCACCCGGAUGCGGAACGCCCUUAUGGCGGCCAUCUACCGGAAAUGCCUGCGGCUGAGUAACGCUGCGCUUCAGGCGGAGAGCACGGGCAAGGUGGUGACGCUCAUGAGCAAUGACGCACAGAAGCUGCAGGACGCCAUGUUUGCCAUUCACGCGAUGUGGGGCAGUCCCGCCUACAUCAUCGCGGUGCUGGUUCUUCUGUGGUUUGAGGUCGGCUGGGCCACCUUUGUGGGCCUGGGGGUCAUGCUUGUCAUGGUCCCCAUGACGGGCAAGUUGGCGGCUAAGCUGGGUUCGUUCCGGCGAGAGAUCAUGCAGUGGACGGACAAGCGGGUCGGCCGCAUGAACGAGCUCAUUAGCGGAAUCCAGAUGAUCAAGUUUUACGCGUGGGAGGGCAGUUUCCGUACUGCCGUACAGGAAUGCCGCAGCCAGGAGGCCACCAUUUUGCGGCGGAUGGCUCUGUGGCAGGUGGGGUCGCUUACCUGGUCUUGGGGUUAUUUUGGUCUGCUGCUGUUCUACGGCCCGGUGGCGGUGGCCCUCUUCACCUUCGGCUCCUACGCCAUCGCGGGACAGCCCCUCAGCCCCGCACGCGCGUACACGGCCCUGUCGCUGUUUUCAUUGCUGCGCUUUCCCAUGUCCUUCUUGCCCAUGCUCGUCACCAUGAUUAUCAACGCGCUGGUGGCCAUUAAGCGUAUUGGCGAGUUCCUCAAGCGGGAGGAGAGCGCGCUGGAGCCGGUAGGUGGUGGGAUGGGAUGGAAUGGAAUGGGGGUUAAUCCGAAUCAGUUCAGUUGGGAUCCCGCAGCGGAGCGACCCACCCUGUCCGAGAUCAACUUCACCGCCCGCCCCGGCAGCCUCACCAUGAUAGUGGGCGGGGUGGGCAGCGGCAAGUCGUCGCUGUUGACGGCGGUGAUCGGCCACAUCGGGCGGCUGAGUGGGGAGGUGCAAGUAGGGGGCCGGAUCGCCUACGUGGCACAGACUGCCUGGAUCAUGAACGACACGCUGCAGGAGAACGUGCUGAUGGGCACGCCUCUGGAUCCCGAGCGCUACCGCACAGCUCUGGAGGUGGCCCAGCUGGGUCCUGAUCUGGCAAUACUGCCCAACGGCGACCUCACGGAGAUCGGGGACAGAGGGGUGACGCUGUCGGGCGGGCAGAAACAGCGGGUCUCCAUCGCGCGAGCUGUGUACGCGAACGCUGACGUGUAUCUUUUUGACGACCCCCUAUCGGCCGUGGACAGCCACGUGGGCAGGGCGUUGUUCGAGCAGGUCAUUCGCGGCGUGCUCCGCUCCAAGACCGUCCUCUUGGUGACCAACGCGCUGCAGUACCUGCCCCAGGCGGACAACGUCAUCUGGAUGGAGGAGGGCCGGGAGAGGGCGCAGGGCACGUUCGCGCAGCUGCAGGAGGCCGGUCUGAACAUUGCACAGUUGUGUUACGACGACGAUGACGACCAGCACCAGCAGGAGCGGGGCAGCAAUAAGAACGGUAAUAAGAAGGCGGCAGGAGCAGCGGGAGCAGGGGGAGCCGACGAUUCCGGAGCCGCCGCCAAGGGCGGGAAGGAGGGGGGCGGUGGGACUGGCGGAGACAUGAAGGGCAAGAUCACGCUGACUCGGCAGGCGACGGACGCCAACCGCAACCUGACCGGAAUCGAAGUCCGCGAGUCUGGCGCCAUCAGUGGUGACGUCAUCAAUCUAUACUUCAAUGCGGGUGGCGGCUGGCCGUACUUCAUCCCCUUGUUGCUGAUGUUCGCUCUGGAGCAGGGCGCCCGAGUGUAUACCGAUACUUGGGUUGGGAAUUGGUUUGGGGACAAGUACGACAAGACGGUGGCAUUCUAUCUGGGAAUCUACUUCAUGCUCGGUGUCGUGUACGGCAUUGUCACGCUCGUACGAUCCAUCACGUUUUUGUUCUUUUGCGUGCGGGCCGCCGUGUCGAUUCACAACCAGCUGCUGGACCACAUCCUGGCUCUGCCCAAGUCCUUUUUCGACACCAACCCCGCGGGCCGCAUUCUGAACCGCUUCUCGCGGGACACAGACAUCAUGGACGCCACUCUGGCUGCCUCCCUCAUCCAGUUCGCCGGCAGUGUGGUGACCUACGUCGCCAUCCUCAUCGUCAUCACCAUCGCCACACGCUGGUUCGGCAUUGCGCUGGUCCCCCUCACCGUCAUCUACUUCACCAUCCAGAGGUACUACAUCCCCGCAGCCCGUGAGCUUCAGCGUAUUGAGUCCAUCUCCCGAUCGCCCAUCUACUCGCGGUUCGCUGAGGCGCUGCUGGGUGUGCCCACCAUCCGCGCGUACCGCAUGGAGGCGCCCUUCACCGCCCAGUCGGACGGCCUGAUGGAGAGGAACGCAUACGCGUUUGUGACUCAGAAGUUGGCAGCCGGCUGGUUGGCGUGUCGACUGGAUAUGUUGGGUUUGGUGGUGCUGACGUUGGCGGGUGCGUUGUGCAUCCAGGGCGGUAUCGAGCCGGGCAUGGCGGGGCUGGCCCUGAUGUACGCUCUGGACCUCACGCGCUUCCUCAAGCACGGCACCAACAUGGCCUCGAAGAGUGAGGCGGACUUCAACUCCGUGGAGCGCAUUGCGCAGUACCUGACUCCCGAGACGGAGGCUCGUCCCGACACCCCGCCUGAGGUGGCCAAGCUGCUGCCCUCCGAUUGGCCCUCUGCCGGGGUGAUAGAGGUGGAGAAGCUGUGUAUGAGGUACCGGCCCGGUAUGCCGCUGGUGCUCAAGGGAAUCAGCUUCAAGGUGGCCGCCGGGGAGAAGGUCGGUCUUGUGGGUCGCACCGGUAGCGGCAAGAGCUCCCUGCUGCUGGCGCUGUUCCGCAUGGUGGAGGCGGAGAGCGGCGUCAUCUCCAUCGACGGAGUCAACAUCGCCACUCUGGGGCUGCGGCACCUGAGGUCGCGGAUGAGCAUCAUCCCGCAGGACCCCUUCAUGUUCUCAGGCACCGUACGACACAACCUGGAUCCCUUCUCCACCUCGACAGAUGAGGAGCUCUGGAAGGUGAGUGGGCUCGAGGGCCCGGGGUCCGGAUGUCCGUGUGUGUAUUUGUCGGGGUGCCUGCGUGUGUGUACACGUGUGUGUGUGUGUGUGUGUCUGUGUACGUGUGUGUACGUUUGCAAGGUCCUCAUGCUGGAUGAGGCCACCGCCUCCGUGGAUGUGGACACGGACGCGCACAUUCAGGACGCGCUGCGAGUGCAGUUCGGGGACUGUACAUGUCUCACCAUUGCCCACCGCCUCAACACCAUCAUGGACGCGGACCGGGUCCUUGUGCUGGAUUCGGGGCUGGUGGUAGAGGACGAUGAGCCGGCGGCGCUGCUGGAGAGGGAUAAUGUGGGUUGCUUCGUUGUUAAUUAA